CCUGCGGGCUGUCCGACGCAAACUGCUCCGCCGCCAACCUCGGCUGGAUCCUGUGUGUACAGAAGGAAGGAGGAAUGAAGCGAAGCGGGCCGAAGCGAAGUUGAGCUCGUAGUCAUGUCUCGGAGAAGGUUUUUGGGCUGAAUUUGGGACUUUUUUCAGAACAGAAGACGCGGGCGGAUAUCGGAGCCAAGGACAUGAGCGCGACCACGACCCCAGGAUCCAAAAUGGACGCCGCUCUGAAUGGGCCGAACCCUAAACCCAAUGGGCCCGCGCCUCUGCCCUCCGACCCCCCCGCCUACAACCCCAAUGCCCCUCCCCUCCCUGAAGAACUGGGACAGGACGACCCUCUGGCCUCCCUCACCGACGUGUCCCAGAUGUGGUUGAAAUUUGGUAAAACGUUCCUGGUGAUUUUGCCCAUCUACAUCCUGGGAUAUUUCGAGUUUAGCUUCAGUUGGGUUUUAGUGGGACUUGCCGCUCUGUUUUACUGGAGGAAAAACUACAGCAGCCAGGACAACCGCUUCAACCGCGCCCUCAAGUUUUUGGACCACGAGGAGUCGGUCACCAAGAGGCAAGCGGCCACUUCUCAGCUGCCUCCCUGGGUCCAUUAUCCAGACGUGGAGCGAGUGGAGUGGUUAAACAAGACGGUAAAGCAGAUGUGGCCGUUCAUCUGUCAGUUUGUGGAUAAACUCUUCAGAGAAACGAUCGAACCUGCAGUGAAAAACGCCACUCCGUAUCUGAGCUCCUUCUGCUUCACCAAGAUCGACCUGGGAGACAAGCCUCUGAGGGUGAAUGGAGUGAAGGUCUACACAGAGAACGUGGACAAGAGACAGGUGAUCAUGGACCUGGAAGUCAGUUUUGUGGGAAACACAGAGAUCGACAUUGAUAUAAAGAAAUUCUACUGCCGAGCGGGAAUCAAAAACAUCCAGCUCCAUGGGGUGAUGCGUGUGGUCAUGGAGCCUCUCUUAGGAGACAUGCCUCUGAUCGGAGCCCUGUCCGUCUUCUUCCUCAAGAAGCCUUGGCUGGACAUAAACUGGACCGGCCUCACAAACAUGUUGGAUAUUCCUGGAGUCAAUGGUCUGAGUGACGGUUUGAUUCAGGACAUCCUCUGUCAGUACCUGGUGCUGCCAAACAAGAUCAGCAUCCCCCUGGUGGGAGAGGCCCAGCUCGCACAGCUACGCUUCCCAGUGCCCAAGGGCGUGCUGAGGAUCCACUUCCUGGAGGCUCAGGAUCUUUUGGGGAAAGACACGUUCUUAAAAGGUCUGAUCAAAGGAAAGUCUGACCCGUACGGAGUUAUCCAGCUCGGAACACAGCUGUUUCAGAGCAAAGUCAUCCACGAGACCGUCAACCCCAAAUGGAACGAAGUCUAUGAGGUUCCGGUUUAUGAUAACUCCAGUGUGAAGAAUGUGAGCGUGGAGUUGUUCGAUGAGGACACGGAUAAAGACGACUUUUUGGGAAGUUUGAUGAUUGACUUGGCCGAACUGCAGAAGGAACAGAAAGUGGACGAGUGGUUUGUCCUGGACGACGUAUCUCAGGGGAAGCUCCAUCUGAAGCUGGAGUGGUUAUCUCUGCUCUCCAAACCAGACAAACUGGACCAGGUUCUGUCCAGUAUCAGGGCUGAACGUGGACACGCCAAUGACGGCCUCUCCUCCGCACUGCUCAUCGUGUUCCUGGACUCAGCGCGAAAUCUGCCCACGGCCACAGUCAGUAAGGCCCUCAAGACGGGUAAGAAGGUGACCUCUGACCCCAGUCCGUUUGUGCAGUUUACUGUGGGGCAUAAGAGCUUUGAGAGUAAGACCUGUUACAAAACCAACGAGCCGGUCUGGGAGGAGGCCUUCACUUUCCUUAUCCACAACCCCAAAGUGCAGCAGCUGGAUGUUGAGGUGAAGGAUGAGAAGCACGAGUGUUCUUUGGGCACUCUGACGGUUCCUCUGAAGUCUCUGAUGGAGGCCAGAGACAUGACCAUGAACAAGAGCUUCAGCCUCAGGAGCACUGGACCCACCUGCAGCCUCAAGAUGAAGAUGGCUCUGCGGGUCCUGUGCAUGGAGAAAGACGCACCCUCCUCCUCAGACCCCGCCCCCUCCUCGGUGCAGGUGCGUAGGAGCGCCAACUCCACACCGCGCCCAUCCAUCUCCUCCGACACCGUCCUGAAACCGCCUGCUGACUCUGGGGUCCCGCGCUCCUCCUCGAUCUCUGCUGUAAGCAAGAGUCAGGCCCUCCAGAACGGGGGACUGGAGCAGAGGGGCCUCACCCAGUCCACCCUCACCAUCUCUGGGUCGCAGCAGCACCUCCCCGGGGCCAAAGAGCCAACACCUUCCAUCGCCUCUGACAUUUCAAAUCCGUACGCCGCACAGGAGCUGCAGUACAGGCUCGCCCAACUCCACAAUGGCUCUGGACCCGGUCAUUUUCCUCUGGGGGAGAUCCAACUUACCAUCAGACACAGCUCCCAGAGGAACAAGCUCAUCGUGGUUGUGCACAGCUGCAGAAACCUGAUCGCGUUCACAGACCAUGGCUCGGACCCGUACGUGCGCCUGUAUCUGCUCCCAGACAAACGCCGAUCAGGACGAAGGAAAACCAACGCAUUUAAGAAGAACCUCAACCCGCGUUAUGACCAAACCUUUGAGUUCAGUGUUUCUGUGGUGGAGCUGCACAGGCGCACUCUGGACGUGGCAGUGAAGAACGGAGGAGGUCUGCUCUCCAAACAUAAGGGGCUCCUCGGGAAGGUUCUGGUGGAUCUGACACAUGAUGACAUCACUAAAGGGUGGACACAAUGGUUUGAGUUGAGUGAAGACGGGAUGAGCCAACCGCCGCUGUUAUAGACGUCACAUGACCAGCCCUACGCGCACCUUUAAUUUACUUUAUUUACUAUGGCAUACACACAAACAUGUACCCAUCACAGUCGCCUCCCCUUUAAGACAGAGCAGGUAAAGGGACUUGUGUAGAGUUUUUAAUUUUAUUAUUUUUAUUGACACAUGAAAACAAUGUAAACGUUUGUACAUAUGCUCAGAGACAGAUCGAGGAAUGAAGUGGGAUCCGUUUUUUCGUGUUACCUUCUUUAAACUUUUACAAUCCAAAGAUGGUGAAACAUGCCAAAGAAAUUAUUUCAGAUAUUUUUUUACAUAUUUUUUGUUUUAAAGCUACAUUGUAUAACUUUUCUGAUGUAGGGUCUACCAGCUGCUUGUCUCCAUGGAGAUGUUAUUGGUUUGUGUAGAAUGUUCCACAGUAUUGCAUAAAUGUAUCUAUUUCACAUUUAUACAAUUUGUUCUUUUUGCUCAAAAAUAUCUUGAAAAACAUGGCUUCUUGUUGCGAGCGGGGUCGCCUCUCUGUAUUCCAGGCAAAGCAAUGGCAUCUUGAAAAGCAGGUCGCAGACCCUUUACCAGGAAAGUCACACUGUACAGCUUUAAUUUUAGUGAGUUGUCUACACUGCAAAAUAUAAUUAUCUACACGAGAUAAAAUCAUACAUGUUCUCAUUUGAGUCGUUUCACCAUAGCCUAUAUUAUUAUAUUAUACUGGCAAAUUCUUAUUAAUAUUAUUAUAUUUAUUUUGUAAUUAUUUCAUUUUUUUCCCGCCGAUUAUAAAAGUCUUUUUCAUGUGCAGUUUUUCCCUCCCAUUUCUUUAGUCAGAAAAUGUUAAUCAAGUUUAGUGUCGUAGAAACCAGCUACAAAUAUUUAAAAUAAGUCACAUAAUGUUAAAGUGCAUGUGACUCAUUUCUCUAAAACAGUCAACAUCAAUAUGUUUAAGAUUCUACUAAAAAUCUUGCCUUGUAUUUGUAGUUUUCUAAUUUUAGUGAAGUUUAUAUUUUUACUUCCUGGUUGGACACAUCAGCAGAUAUGACAUAGGCCUUCGUUACCUAGCAACCAUAAUGUUAAAAAGGGCCAAAAUGUGUCUAAAUUGCACAACAGUUGUAAGUAGACUAAUAAAAUAAAUACAAAACCUUUAUUUUGUUAAAUAAAACUUUAAAAUGGCAGAAAAAUGCCUUCCUUGUGCAUAAACUAUUUUGGAUGGAGUUGAUGACACAGGCAGAGGAAUUCUGUUUGACAACUCAGAGCUACUUCCUGCAUUUUUGUACUUUUUGUUUAAUGCUUUUCUUCACAAACUGCCAUUUAACUGAUGAAAAACUACGAUAAAUAUUUAGGACUGGUGCUAUCCCGCCAAACUAAGUCAGAAUUAGAAAAUAUAAGUCUGUCAAAUGCACUUUGAGUAGUAACUUACAAAACAAAUCUAAACUUUUACUUCAAAUCCGAUCUAGAUGAAUCAUUUUAUUUCAUGUCAUUUUAACUCGUGUAGAUAUUUUUGCAGUGUAAGCAUCGAUAAGCAGUCUGAAUCGUCUCCAUCCAUUGCAGUGACUAUUUUUGCAUAUUUGUGUCUUGCAGGUCAUGUACAAGCAAACAGUCACUGCACAAACCUUUAUUUUUUACAUUUUUUAAAUCAUUUUUCCUGUGAAAUUAAAUCAAAACGGUAUUAGCACGUUGAGUAUAUUUUUACCUUGUUGCCAUAUCUAGUUUACAUUAUAAUUGCUUUUAUAAUGGUUCAAAUAUGUUACUACUAUUAGGCAAUUGGAAAGUAAAGGUCACGCUUCAACGUGGGUGGUGAUUUCUGUUCGUUUGCACUAGAGGGCGCUAGAGACCUUCCAUGUUAAUAACUACUAGGGAGUUUUUAUUCUCAGAACAUUUGACAUUUCUGCAUCAAAUAUCUGCAAGACAAGUUCAGCUAGAGUCCAUAUGAGCCAAAAUAUUAUGACCACAGACCACAGGCUCAGAAAUACUGGGAAGAUAGAGGAGAAAGUGCAUGUUUAGUCUUGGUUUAGAC